AUGUUAAGAUGUCUGAUGGCAUUCAAAAACCUAAUGAACUUGGAAAUUCUACAGUUAGCUUCUCUCUGUCAAUAUUCUGCAGAUGAUGGGCACAUGAUGAACUGGCACAUGAGUCAUCUCAGAGAAAUCAUCAUUCAGAGUCAAAAGAUUGACAUUCAGCUCACUCAUGCAGAGUGCAAGAUGAGCAGCUUGACACUCUUUCUUACUGUCACUGAAGUCAUAACAGAGCAUGCAAAUGACUGGCUGAAUAAUGUCAAGAGACUCAGCAACAUUCCAUUCUUGAAUGAGUUGACAAAGCUUAAAGCAAUGAUGGAGCAGAACAUUGAGAAGAUGAAGAAGACAUGA